UUGAUUUUGUGAGUAGGGUUGCAGAAAGAUAAACGCCCCAAGUCACCCCGUCUCUUUCGCAUCACACGUCUCCUUAUAAACCCUCAAAAACCACCUCUCUCUCUCUCUCUCUCUUCUUCCCCAAACACACACACUUUCUCUCUCUACAAAUCGUCUAUCUUGCAACACACACAACAGCAACAAUGGGCGCUUCGCUUCCUCCUAAAGAGGCUAAUCUCUUCAAACUCAUCGUCAAAUCUUAUGAAAUAAAACAGUAUAAAAAGGGGCUUAAGGCUGCAGAUGCUAUAUUGAAGAAGUUCCCAGAUCAUGGAGAAACCCUCUCGAUGAAGGGAUUGACAUUGAACUGCAUGGAUCGUAAGCCAGAAGCAUAUGAGCUUGUAAAGCUAGGAUUGAAGAAUGACCUGAAAAGCCAUGUUUGUUGGCACGUCUUUGGUCUUCUCUAUCGAUCAGACAGAGAGUACAGGGAGGCAAUAAAAUGUUAUAGGAAUGCUCUGAGGAUAGAUCCCGACAACAUUGAAAUACUUCGGGACCUAUCUCUCUUACAGGCACAAAUGCGUGACUUGGCAGGUUUUGUCGAAACUAGACAAAAAUUGCUGACGUUAAAACCCAAUCAUCGGAUGAACUGGAUUGGUUUUGCAGUUUCUCAUCAUCUAAACUCAAAUGCAUCGAAAGCAAUCGAUAUUCUGGAAGCAUAUGAAGGGACUCUUGAAAAUGAUUAUCCUCCAGAAAGCGAACGCUGUGAGCAUGGGGAAAUGCUGUUAUACAAGAUAUCUUUAUUGGAGGAAUGUGGCUUUUUUGAGAAAGCGCUUGAGGAGUUGCGCAGAAAAGAGUCUAAGAUUGUCGAUAAAUUAUCCUACAAGGAAGUGGAAGCGUCUCUUCUUAUGAAGCUUAAUCGUCUCGAGGAAGCCGAAAAGUUGUAUAGGUUACUACUUGUUAUGAAUCCUGACAACUACAGAUACUAUGAAGGAUUACAGAAGUGUGUUGGACUACAUUCCGAGACUGGCCAAUAUGCCUCCGAUGAGAUAGAUAAGUUGGAUUCUCUGUACAAAUCUCUUGCAGAGCAGUUUACCUGGUCUUCUGCUGUUAAGAGGAUCCCGCUAGAUUUUUUGGACGGUGAAAAGUUUCGGGAAGCGGCGGAUAAUUAUGUCAGGCCUCUGCUAACAAAGGGAGUCCCGUCACUAUUUUCUGACCUUUCUCCAUUGUACAAUCAUGCUGGCAAGGCCGACAUUCUUGAAAUGUUGAUCCUUGGGUUAGAGGAAUCACUUAAAAAGACCGGUGGAUACCCUGGAAGAUCAGAAAAAGAACCACCUUCGGCGCUUCUGUGGACCUUGUUUUAUUUGGCUCAGCAUUAUGAUAGACGGGCCCAGUCUGAUACGGCACUCGCUAAAAUUGAGGAAGCUAUGCAACAUACUCCAACUGUUAUUGAUUUAUACUCAGUCAAGAGUAAGAUACUAAAACAUGCUGGAGACUUUACAGCAGCAGCUGCAUUAGCAGAUGAAGCUCGGUGCAUGGAUCUUGCAGAUCGUUACGUAAAUAGUAUGUGUGUUAAAAGAAUGCUGCAGGCUGAUCAGGUUCCCCUUGCAGAAAAGACAGCUGUAUUGUUCACGAAAGACGGUGAACAACAUACUAAUCUGCAUGACAUGCAGUGCAUGUGGUAUGAACUUGCUUCUGGUGAAAGUUAUUUCCGUCAGGGUGAGCUUGGACGGUCGUUAAAAAACUUUGUGACGGUGGAGAAACAUUAUGCGGAUAUAACUGAAGACCAAUUUGAUUUCCAUUCUUAUUGUUUAAGAAAAAUGACUCUUCGUUCGUAUAUAGAAAUGUUAAGAUUCCAAGACCGGCUUCAUGCUCAUGCUUACUUUCGCAAAGCAGCCGCUGGAGCUAUAAGAUGCUACAUCAAGCUUUAUGAUACUCCGCCAAAGACAUCAACCGAGGAAGAUAAUGAAUUAGCAAAAUUACCAGCUUCCCAAAAGAAGAAAAUGAGGCAAAAGCAGAGGAAGGCUGAAGCAAAGGCGAAAAAGGAGGCAGAAGUAAAGAGUGAGGAAGCGAAUGUCGGUGGUGGUUCCAAGCAUGGGAAACGGAAUGUCAAGGCAGUUGAUCCGGAUCCUCACGGAGACAAAUUAUUGCAGAUUGAAGAUCCUUUAAUGGAAGCUGGAAAGUACCUGAAACUGCUUCAAAAACACUCGUCUGAUCACUUGGAGACACAUUUACUGUCUUUUGAAGUUAACAUGAGAAAGGAAAAGAUCUUGCUAGCCUUGCAGGCUUUGAAGCACUUGGUACAACUAGAUGCUGAAAAUCCAGAGACCCAUCGUUGUUUGAUAAGAUUCUUUCAUAAAGUGGCAUCAAGGCCCGCUCCUACAACGGACGCUGAAAAACUCAUUUUGGGAGUUUUAGAAGCAGAACGACCAACUUUCAGUCAGCUGCAUGAUAAAUCUCUGAUGGAAGCAAAUACGGUUUUCCUUGAGCAACAUAAAGAUUCCUUGAUGCACAGGGCAGCAGCGGCCGAAAUGAUGUAUUGUCUAGAACCAAACAAGAAGGCAGAGGCAAUCAAGUUGAUCGAAACAUCACUCAAUAACCCCGUUUCUAGCAACGGACCGCUUGGACCCGUGAAAGAAUGGAAGCUGAAAGACUGCGUUGCGGUUCACAAAAUCCUAACAUCUACGUUUGGUGAUCAAGAUGCUGCACUAAGAUGGAAAAACCAAUGUGCGGUAGAGUUUCCAUACUCGACCUACUUUGAAGGCAGCCUUUGCUCUACUAUUACCGCAAACAAAGCUUCCAAACAGGUACACGAGAAUGCUGAAAACGGGACUGCUGAAUUCGUUUCAUUAAACGGUACGGUAGAAAAGCUAGACGCCUUGAAGAAUCUAGCCAUCUAGUGGGGAAAAAAACUUUAAUCCGAAUUUACAAUUAAAGUCAUUAAACCGUGAUGCGGUCCCCAUGAAGAGAAGAAAUAGAACUAAUUUUUCAUCCUCGAGGCCGUUUUCCUUGUUCAUGGGGUAACAGUUUCUUUGGAAAAUGUGUAUAAUCUACUCGAGUUUCUUGUGUCCGCCGGACCCGACGUGUUUCAGGCUACAGAGAUAGCCCCGGACCGUCCCUCUUUUGAUCGUAGUCGAGAAUCUUGAGAGUAUGUUGUACUGCUGUUUCUGGUUGGUUCUUUUCAUUUAUGUUGUAUAAAUGCUAUAUUUUUUUGCAACAUUUUUGGAAUUUGAAUUUUCUGAUAAGUGAUUUUAGCUUUGAUAUAAGCAAGUUUCAUAACUUUGAUAAUUUACUGAA